GAACACAGUGUGGACAGCUGACAGAGGACACUGGUCUGUCUCACACUGUUGAUUCACCAGCGCAGACAUGCAGUAGUAGAAGAGAGGAACAACGCACAGUGAAUGGACAGUGAAGGGAGUUCAGCUCACACAGGACAGGGACCCAGCACGGACACUCCCUGACAGACAGAGGCUGCAGAACAGAAGAAUGAGCUCACUACACAGACAGGUGAGUCAGCUGCUCACGAUAUGGAGCUGGAAGAGGAGCGUGAAUGUUACUCUCUGCCCAGCCACUGGCUUUCACUUCAGGACCUUCUGCUCCACAACUUCAGAACCAGACCCCAUCCAGAUCCACAAGAGGAAGCUCUUCCUGUGGUUCAGCCACCUUCCUCCGGAGGAGAGACAGUUUGGAGGUUACUUCAGCCCAGAGACCAUGCAUGUGGAUCCUCUGAUCCUGGAAAGAAAGGCUGAAGAGAGGGCAGGACUCCUCACCACUCCUCUCCAAACCCGGAGUCUCUCCAACCUCUCUAUGACUGUGGAACAGCUGUUUGAGCCCACUGAUGCCUGCAGUGAGGGUCGGGGGCUCAAUGUGCUGCUGUACGGGGCUGUGGGAUCAGGGAAAAGUACAGUGGUCCGAAAGCUGGUACUGGACUGGUGCACUGGGAAAACCCUGACCCACUUCAAGCUGCUGGUGCCUUUCUCUUGUGAGGACCUCAGCCAGCUGUCGAAGGUGGCUUCCUUGAGGGACCUGGUGAGCCGGAAGUACCUCCACCUGAAAAAACACCCCCUGUUGAGUGGGGAGGGAAACCAGGCCAAGGACGUGCUCUUCCUCUUCAACGGGAUGGAGAAGAUGAAACUGGACUUCCGGAUUGGAUCCACGGAGCUCUGCAGUGAUCCUAAUGAGGCGCUGCAUCCAGAUGUAGUGGUGGUGAACCUGCUGAGGAAGUACCUCCUGCCUGAGGCCAGCAUCUUGGUUACCACCAGACUGUCUGCCCUGGAACGUGUCCCUCAGAAGUAUGUGGGACGCUAUGCACAGGUUUGCGGCUUCAGUGACCCAGACCGCCAGAGGGCAUACUUCGCCAGCCGCCUGCUGCAGCAGAGCUCGGAGACUGCACGUGGCCAUGAGAGCCAGGAACUAAUAGAGCUGCUUUACCUGCACCUUCAGAGAGAAAGCCAGCUGGCUGCAGCCUGCUUCCUGCCCUCCUACUGCUGGCUUACAUGCGCUACCUUACACUUCCUCCAUUUCACCGACACCAACGCACCCAUCCGCACGCUGACUGGCAUAUACACCAGUUUUCUGAGGCUCAACUUCGGGGGCGAGGUGCUUGGGACGGGGACAAAUGCACCCGCUCAGGAGCACCAAAAUUCUCUGAUGUUAUAUGUAGUCCGCACGGUCGGUAAGCUGGCGUUUGACGGUGUGAUGUACAAACGAACAUCAUUCUCAGAGAAGGAGCUGGAGCAGUGGAUUGGAGGGAAGACCAAGACGGAUGAGGAGCUACGUCAGUUGGCCGUGUUCCGGACUGAUGUGCUAGACUUCUUUCUGGCUCCGUGUGUGGAAAGUGGAAGGCAUAUACCAGAAGCUCUAGGCGAGAAUGAUCAGAGGCGAUAUGUAUUUGCUGUCCCAGCCAUGCAGGAGUACAUGGCGGCUCUCUACGUGGUUCUAGGCGAGAACAAAUCAGCUCUGGAGAAGCUGACCAAGCAGGUGUCUGCAGCCAUUGGUCAGGUAGGCGAGGACGUCAAUGCCCUCUUCAACAUUCUGUCGAAGUUCAUCCCCCUCCGAAUAUUUGCUGUGUUCAACCUCCUCAAGCUUUUCCCAAAGUUCUAUGAGAAAAUCAGUAGCUACAACAAAGGCAGCAUAGCCAAAACCAUGGCAGCCGAGAUGUUCCGCAAAGAGGACAGCUACAACGAGGACGUGCUGGAUCAGGUGGAGCAAAACCUCCUGGGAGUCCAAGGACCCCAGCCACAGCAGCACAGUGAAGGCCAGCCUUUUGAGCUCUACCCUAUCUUCAUGGGUGGACUGUUGCAUUAUGGUAACCGUGUCGUUCUCCAGCAGCUUGGGUGCAGCAUUCAAAGCACCACCGUGGCCCAGAUCACAGGUGCCCUCAGGAAGCACCUUAUCAGGGGGCUUGGCAAGCCUCAACCACCAGAGGAGAUGAUGGAUCUGCUGGUUCUUCUGUAUGAGUUUCAGAACCCCAGACUGACUGCAGGGAUUCUAGCCUCAUUCAGAACCAUCCGGCUCAACAACAUUCGUAUGACGUCACUCAAAUGCUUCGUACUGAGUUCUGUCCUCUCAUGCACGCCUGCAAGUUAUCACCUUGACGAACUGGACCUGUCCUCCUGUCUCCUGAAUAAUGACAUGCUUCAGAUGCUGCGGCCUGCCUUCAGACACACACACAACAUCAAUCUGCAGUUUAACAACCUGGGUCCUGAGUCCUGCAUCCUCCUGAGAGAUCUGCUCCUAGACCCCAAGAGUUCUAUUAGAUCUCUACAACUGUGUGACAACCCUCUGCUGGAAUCUGGAGCCUGCACCCUGCUGGAGGCCCUGCCAGAGAACCAGCACCUGACGCACCUGUCCCUGAUGCACACUGGGCUGGGGGACCAGGGGGCCCUGGAGCUGGCUCAGAGGCUCCAGCAACACACGGGGCUCCAGGAGCUCAACGUGGCCUAUAACAACAUCGGAGACAAUGCAGCCCUGGCACUGGUGGACGCCUGCAGAGAGCACCCCAGCAUACACACUGUGCACUUAUAUCUGAACCCUCUCAGUGAUGUGGGCAAGCAGUCCCUGUACGUCCGAGGUGCUCCCAGGAGCCGCAGCGACCGGCGGGUCAAGGUCCUGGCUUCGGUCACCGAAGGCUCAGACAUCUCCGAGGACUGGCACCCCAUCCUUAAAGUGAUACGGGAGAACGCCUCGUCCUGGGACCGUCAACGUGUCAUGCAGCAGCUUAAGGUCUUCCUCAGGGAUCUGGAGUGGGGCCGUCAGCAGCAGCCGAGCCUCUGGAAGAGGCUGCACUUCCGCAGGGUAGAGAGGGGAGUCCGACAGACUCUGCAGAUGCUGGAGAAGGACACUCUACCUCCGUCCACUGGAUACAUAAAGUAAUCGCGAAAAAGCCAGAGGUGGCUUUGCUUCUUCAACACUCCCUCAGCUCAGAGAACCAGAACCACACUUAAUGUAACGGCCAGGAAGAUCAGACUGUGAGACCGCUGCACUGUGUGACUGUCAGCUGACAGCUCAGCCAACAAAUGAAUCAUGUCCAUGUUCAUCAUUUUCUAUAUAACAAUGAACAGAAAGGAAUACUUGAAAACACAGCAGUGCCAUAAAUAAGAGGCCGCAGCAAAUUCCUUGCCAGAGUAUUAGAGUAAUAUUAAACAGGGCUUGAAAUGAUAUAUAGAUGAAAGAACAGUGUAACUUGAAUGCUACUGUGAAAUAGGAAAGCACUACCAGCAUUCAGUAACUGAAGGCAUCUGGCUUUCCAUUUUUUAAAAAAGACAAAGAGGAAAAAGCAGAGACUGUGGUUUCCUGACUGUUAUCAUGGGUCUAUCCCAAAAACACUGAAUCGUACACUUCCCAUAAUGCAGCUGGAUACUGGCUCUAUCGUAGAACCUCUUGGGUGGUGAGUCUGAAAGGUCUGUGGAGGAGCAGCAGAGACUUUUCCUUACUGUUAAACUGAGGAUGGAGCCAGUGAAACCCCACCACCACCAUUAGGACAGCAGAGAAGUUAUUUGUUCAGUGUGCUUGUCAAAUUGUGUUAUUUGGAGCCACAUCUAUGCAAAGCCAUAUGUUUUGUUUGUUUUUUUUUUUUUUCCAUGGAUGGGUUGAUUUAAGAAAUGAAAUGUUUUCUGUGUUUACACUGUUGUUCAGAUUUGUCUUCCUCUGCUUCUCAUCUGCCGUACUUUAACACCAGCAGUGCUCCUGUAGUGUGUGUAGGUUGUAGACGUGUGACGAGUGUUCGACCUCAACAGUAGUUGUUUUUUUUUUUUUGGGUACUGACACCUGUUGAAAAGUAAGAAAGUACCAAAACCUGGCAUUAAAUGUCCAGUUACAGCCUGA